AUGGGUUUGGGAAAGCACACAUGUGAGCUGCGUGGAAACUAGACUGACGAGUGGCGGUUUGGGCUGUUGGCGCUGCAGCCCCUGGAGUUGCCCUAGCCAUGUCUGCCUUCGCGACCUGGCAGUACUGCGGGGAGCCGAGCGAAGGACAGAAGGCUGCGCUGGUUCAGUUUUCAAAUGGGAAACUCCAGAAUUCUGAAAAUGUGAAUUUUUCCUUAUAUAAAAGCAAAGACACUGCCAACCCCAGGAAGAAGUUCAGAAGGAUUUUGGCUGCUGAAACAGACAGACUUUGCUAUGUAGGAAACAACUUUGGUGUUGGAGCUUUGAAAUGCAACAAUUUAUGCAGGUAUUUUGUUGGUGUUUUGAGUAAGGACUCUGACCAAAUGGAAAUAUAUGAUGCUGAAUUGUUUAACAUGCAACCAGUGUUUUCAGAUGACUUGAAAGAUAGUGAAACAUUAGGAAAUCAGACCAAAUCUUACAGAGAUCAGGUGGACUUCUGCAUUGAGGCCUUUGGGACCACCAAACAGAAGCGAGCUUUGAGCUCCAGAAGAAUGAACAAAGUUGGCAGUGAAACUUUAAACAUUGCUGUAGCCAAAGCAGCUGAAAAUAUCAUAGAUGAAAAGGGGGUCACUGCUCUUGUUAAUGAUGCAUCCCAGGAUGACCUUCAAGAUGAAUCUGCUUACCUGCCCCCAUGCCAUGCUGAUGGUGGCAAGCCAGAGGAAAUUUAUAAAUUUGAAGAUCUUCUUUCUCCUGCUGAAUUCAAAGCACUUGAGGUUCCCUCUGCAGUUCUCAAGAAUGUUACAUCUGAAGAAAUAGUGAAAAUGAUGGAAGAGAACAGCUAUUGUCCCUUCGUCAUAGAAGCAUUGAAGAAUUUGCCCUUAGAUGAGGAGAGCCGGGACCGCAAGGCUCGAUGUCUGUGGUUUUUAAAUAUCCUCAUCAAAUUCAGAUCCCAGACUGUGAUUAGGAAGAAGAACUCACUGGGACCUGAUGUGCCACAUAUUAUUAAUAAUAAACUCCUCAAGAAUUUUACUAGUUUGACUUAUAAUAAUGGCAGCUUACGGAACUUAAUUUCUGAAUCAAUGAAAGCUAAAAUAACAGCCUAUGUAAUUGCAUUGGCUUUGCACAUUAAUGAUUUCCAGACUGACCUAACGAUGUUACAGAGAGACAUGAAACUCAGUGAAAAAAGGAUAAUAGAGAUUGCAAAAGCCAUGAGAUUGAAAAUUUCCAAAAAGAAGUUGUCUUUGGAAUCCGGAGGUGAAGAGGACCACAAAGUGGGGACUUUGUCCAUCCCCCUACCUGCCUUACCACGCCAAAAAAGGACUUAAAAGCACAUUGAGAACUGGGGUUUCAGGGCAGACUGCCAAACCAAAUGGUAGAAAUCCCAGCCUCCCUCAGAUUGAUCUCUAUUUCCUGAUGCCACUGAUAUUUCUUUUUUCAAGAAGCUAUUUGCUUUUAUACAUAGCCAGAGCCAAACACUUGGUCUUGUAGAGCAGAUUAUUUAUAAAAACGGUAAAGUAAAUGAUGUCUUGAUUGGG